UUGCACCCAUUUUUUGAAAAUGCUUAUGCGUUCUUAGAGCAAACAACCAGCUUUCGGUGUGUGUGUGUGUGUGUGUGUGACUCGGGUCUGCGCAGACCGAUCGGCGUCUGUCUGGACGCGCGGUGCACGCCGCUGUUCAGAAACAUAACGGAGAUUCAGCGGAACAGAAUAAUUUAAAUAUCCAGAGAUCGUCUUCAUUAAUCCAGACUCACAGUUUCACAACAACGAGCAGAAUAUGACACCUAUAUUUCUACUUUUAUUGGUCCUGGGCGGUGUGUCGUCUGGCGCAGAAACAGACGGGGUGAUGUCAGUGAUGGAGGGAGAUUCCGUCACUCUACACACAGAUCUCACUGAAAUACAGAAUGAUGAUACCAUUCUGUGGACGUGGGGACCUAAAGGAUUCGUCUUAUCUCAAAUAACGCGAAAGAAGGAUUUUACCUCAUUUUUUGUCACUGAUGAGCCUAAAUUCAGAGGCAGAUUGCAAGUGGACCAAAAGACUGGAACUCUCACCAUCAGAAACACCAGAAUCAGACACUCUGGACAAUAUAAACGAACAAUCUCUAAAGAAAAUACUACGAUAAAGAUAUUUAAUGUUGCUGUCUUUGAGGCAGUUGUUGAGACGGAUGGAGUGAAGUCAGUGUCAGUGAUGGAAGGAGACCCUAUCACUCUACAACAUGAUGCUGAAAUACACACAGAUGAUCUGCUCCUGUGGAGGUUUGGAGAUAAAGGCAUCCUCCUGGCUAAAGUUGAUGUAGAGACUAAAGAGACUUCAUUAAACGAUGCUGAUGAAAGAUUCAAAGAUCGACUGCUGCUGGAUCAGACUGGAUCUCUGACCAUCACAAACUCCAGAACUGAACACGCCGGGCUUUAUGAAGUAGAGAUCAGAGGCCGUGAGAGCUCACAGCGGUUCCUUCUUUCUGUCAGUGCUGUUUCAGAUUUGACUCUGUCUUUUGGUGAAAUAGCAGCAAUAGUUGGCGCUGUUCUGCUGGUGGCUGCAAUUUUAGCUGCCGUGGUGAUUUACCAUCGCAGACAGUUUGCUAAACUGCAAAUAGUCACUUGA